AUGGGUUCUUUAGUUGCCAAGCUGCUUCUGCCAACUCUGAGCAGCCUGGCUUUCCUCCCAACAAUCAGCAUCGCUGCCAAGAGGCAAUUCCACAUGGAGGCCAUGGUUUACUUCUUCACCAUGUUCUUCAUUUCGAUUUACCAUGCUUGUGAUGGCCCCGGUUUGUCCAUCCUCUGCUUCAUGCAAUAUGAUAUCCUGGAGUAUUUCAGCAUCUUCGGGACAGCAUUAUCCAUGUGGGUGUCGCUGAUGGCCCUGGCCGAAUUUGAUGAACCCAAGCACUCCACCUUUGUGAUGUUUGGCGUGCUCACCAUUGCUGUCCGGAUAUACCACAAUCGAUGGGGAUACGGCGUCUACUCUGGCCCCAUCGGGACAGCCAUUCUCAUGAUUACGGUGAAAUGGUUGCAAAAGAUGAAAGAGAAGAAGGGACUCUACCCAGACAAAAGUGUCUACACCCAGCAGAUUGGGCCCGGUUUCUGCUUUGGUGCCCUGGCUCUGAUGCUGAGAUUCUUCUUUGAGGACUGGGACUACACCUACGUCCACAGCUUCUACCACGGCGCCCUGGCCAUGUCCUUCGUCCUGCUGCUGCCCAAGGUGAACAAGAAAGCCGGUAACGGAGGCGCUCCGGCCAAGCUGGACUGCUCGGCGCUCUGUGGCUGCUGCUGCUGCGGCGUCUGA